AUGUUUUUUUUUUGGUUGCAUGAUUUCGCCGACCGACGAGAUAGUCGAUUUCUGCGCGCGCGGCAAUAUAACAUCCCCAAAGCCAAAGCCAUGCUCAAGAACUGCCGCGAAUGGCGUCAAACCGUGGGCGGCAAGGGCAUCGACGACCUCUACCGCCGCAUGGACCCCUUCGACUACCCCGAACGCGCAGACGUGUUCAAACACUGGCCGCUCUGGUUCCACAAAGUCGACAAGAAAGGCCGGCCCGUGAACGUGCAUCGGUUCGGCGGCGUGAACGUCUCGGAGCUCUACAAGGCCGUCUCGCCCGACCGCCUCCUCGACUCGCUCUACGUCAACUGCGAAUCGCUCACGCGCGAGAUCCUUCCCGCGUGCUCCAACCUCGCGCAGCGCCAGAUCGGCACCGUCCUCGUCAUCGUCGACUUGAAGGGCUUCAGCAUCGGCCAAUUCUGGCAAAUACGCGACCUCGCCCAGAAAUCGUUCCAGAUAUCGCAGGACUACUACCCCGAAACUAUGGGCCAAGUCAAGAUCAUCAACGCGCCCUCCUCCUUCACCGCCAUGUGGGCCGUCAUGAAGCCCUGGCUCGCGAAGGAGACGGUGGACAAGAUCGACGUGCUCGGCUCGGACUACCAGCGCGAGCUGCUCGCCGUCGUCGACGCCGACAACCUCCCCGCCUCCCUCGGCGGCAACUGCACGUGCGACGACUGCGGCGGCUGCGCGUUCAGCAGCGCCGGGCCGUGGAUGGCGGGACGGAAGGAGAGGCGCGAGAAGUGGUUGAAGGGGGAGAGGGCGAGCAUCGCG